GGCGCCAGGAGUCGGAGGCAGGCCCAGACCUCCCAGACCCCGACACGGCGACCGAGGAGGAGCUGCGCGAGUUCCUCUCCAGCUCGGGCGUGGACCCGUCCCAGGAGUGCGAGGAGCUCCGCGGCCAGGUGCGCAAGAUCACCGACGCGCUGGGCGGCUGGCGCGAGGUCAAGAGGGCCAAGGCCAGCGCUGCCCGCAGCAUGCGGAGGGCCCAGCUGCUGGAGCGCGUUGGAGCGCGCGAGCAGGCCUUGACUAAGGCGAGAGCGCGCCAGCGCCGAGGCAAGGCCUCCAGCAAGGUCGGCCUGUCUGCGGCCGAUCGAGACGUACUGCUUCCUCGACGAGCAGGGCAGGGGCCUGCUGCUGCCUCUGGCUCCCAGGCGGCUUGCUCUGCGGUCGGAUCUGUCGGGCUUCAGGUUGGGAAUCGCACCGAGGCUCUCGGCAGUGCAGCGGGAGACCGCAGCAUAGCAGCGGGAGACCGCAGCGAGCCACCGUUUGGGCAUACUGGCCGAGGUGAUGACGAGGAAGACCGCGGAGGCCGUCUGGGCGGCAACGACUACGGGGAGGUUUGCUCAGGCAUCGGAUCUGCUGGGCUUCCAGCUGGGACGACUGGCGGAGGUGAUGGCAAGGAUGACGCUUGGGGCCGCCCAUUCCCCUUUUCUCACACAGGUGCAGAUGAAGAUGGUAAUCAUGUUCCUGACCGCAAGGGUUCUAUUGUGACUUUCAAUUGCUCUGAGGAGGGCCAGCUAUUGCGCUUCCUCGACUCCUGCGAGCACACUGUGGUGGCUAUACAAGAGCACCACGUCGCAGAGGAUCGUCUUCCAGAUCUGCAGCAUCGAGCUCUGGACCCUGGCUGGCAUGGAGUCUGGAGCUCGGCCACCAAGACGGGCAACCAGGAGGGCACUCAGGCGGGCCUGGCCAUCCUGGCGAAGGGAGACGUGCUGGUCACGGCCCCCCCAGGGCGCUCGACGCCCCACAUGGCGAAUGGGAGAGCGCUGGCAGCCCACGUCCAUUGGGGGGUGCCUGGAGGAUUCAUUGUGAUUUCAACAUAUCUUUAUGUGAAUGAAGGCCUCUCUGAUAAUAACGUUCGCAUCUUGGCAGAGAUCUGUGAAUACAUUGAAGUUGUCAACGCGAUGGGUCUUGAUUGGAUCGUCGCGGGAGACUUCAACCUGGAGCAGGCCGAGUUCGGAGACAUG